UGUCUAUUCGGCGCAUGCGCACUUCAUGUAGCUAGCUUUAACAUCUGGCCAAGAAUGAAUUGACGAGCUAAAGUAAAUCUAUAUUAUGACCUAUUCAAAUAAAUAUCUUUCAUUCUGUCUAGUCUGGAUAUCAUCUCCGCCAAGUUCAACGCGACGAGAACCGUAAUGGACGAAUAUCGGGGGUAGAAAUAAACAUACGUUAUCCUUAGUGAGCUAGCAAGCUAACAAGCUAACAAGCUAGCUGACGUUAGCUCCGGGGCUAACACACGCACACAGCUGUUGGCUCUCAGGUGGUCGUACUCACGGGGGGAGAUGUAUUUACUCUACACCAUCAUCGCGUCUUUGGUUUCUUUUUUCAUUCUGAAGUGCAUGAAGAAGAGGAGGUACUGCACCGACCUGAAGAGACUUGAUGGCAAAACAGUUCUGAUCACAGGUGGGAAUUCCGGCGUUGGCAAGGAGGCAGCGGUUGCCCUGGCGAUGAGGGGCGCCCGUGUCAUCAUCGCCUGCAGGGACCCGGACAGGGCGGAGAAGGCCGUGAGGGAGAUCAAGUCCAGGAGUCACAGUCUCAACGUCCUCCACAUGGAGCUGGACCUGGCCAACCUGCGCUCCGUUCGGGAAUUCUGCAAGAGCUUCCUCCAGAGGGAGAAGCGGCUGGACGUCCUGGUCAACAAUGCGGCCAUGCCCAGUGUCCUCGACUGGACGGACGACGGCUUCAGCAUGUGCUUCGGCGUCAACCACCUGGGCCACUUCCUGCUCACCAAUCUGCUCCUGUCCCGCCUGAAGGAGUGCGCCCCCAGCCGCGUGCUCACCCUCACGUGCUCCACCUACAAGUACCAGAAGCUGGACUUCCAGGACCUCAACUACAACCUGCUGCCCUUCUUCACCUACUGCCGCAGCAAGCUGGCCAACAUCUACUUCAGCCAGGAGCUGGCCCGCGUCGCGGAGGGCAAAGAUGUGACCACCUACGCUGUGCACCCUGGUUUCGUCCAAAGCGACUGGACGUGCCACUACUCCUUCCUGUUCCGGAUGCUGACGCAGGUGAUCAUGUGGAUGUUCUUCGUGCCGUGCGAGGUCGGAGCGCAGACGGUCGUCUACUGCGCCGUGUCGGACGAGGCGGCCAAACACAGCGGGGGCUACUUCGUGGACUGCCGGCCCUCCACCCUGCGACCGUUCGCCCGAGACGCCGGCGUCGCCAAGAAAUUGUGGGAGGCCAGUGAGAGACUGGUGAAACUGGUUUGAUGGUAGACGCCGGGGAGACUGGUGCUUUGUGUUUUAUUUAUUUAAAAUGUCAUAUUUAUUCAUAUUAUUUUUUUGUUAUUUAUAAUGCAGAUGCAAAGGUUUAUUGUUCCCUUUAGGUGCUCGGGUAUUUUAAGAUGUAAUUAUAUUGUGGAUUAUCCGUUUUUCUAUGCACAAAUAAAAAGGUUUACAGAG